UGGCUUAAGCGCACGCACAUGCAUGCAAAGACAGGGGAGUUAUCUGAUUGCACAGACAGUUCCUGUCAACGUUCUUUCGAUCGGACCUGGAUUCAUGUUUCAUUCUGUCAUUUUAGAGGGCACUAUGUACAUGAAUACCACCAUGAACGUUAAGACUCUGUGGACUCGUAUGACCAUCGUAGGUGGCGCCCUGUUAAUGAUAGUCCUCUUCAAAGCUUAUGUUGAGCUGAGGCUUUAUCUGAUCUCUCUCACCUAUUCUGAAAACAAAUAUGUCGCAGCCGUGGGCAGAGUUCCAUACCGAAAUGAAACAGUCCGACCCCAAUCGAUUGAUGAUUACUACGAAUAUAUACCAGAAUUAGAAGAUCUUAAACUAAGCCCGGAUGUUCUGAAGACAGCAGCAGUUAAUUGGGAUAUCAAAUCUGAUAGUGACGCAGAUACAUCAUGGAUUAGGAAGAUGUUGAGUAAUAAGAGAGCUAGAACUAUGUUCGAGGCCAAUAGGUUGUUGUACAAGCUCCAGGAUUCGGCUCUUCGUAACUCCAGCACUGAUUGCGUCAUCAAGAUAUUGCAGAUGUGUAGGGAGUCGUGCCUGCAGCGUACUUCCAAACACUUCUGGACGAGAUCAAAAUGUAAGUUCUCCAACUGUCGGAUUGAGAUGAAGGUUGGGAACGACCUGGCGGACUUUCAACAGAGUGACGUUGUGAUCUUCCACAUCGCCUAUAAUCGAACCUGGGCAUCGCUAGUCAAAACCCGGUUGCCUGGGCAGCUCUGGGUGUUCCAUUCGAAGGAAGCUCCUAUCCAUGGACCACAGGCGAGCCCUCCAAGAGAGUUCGGUAAUCCGUUCAAUAUCUCGAUCUCUUAUAUGAGCGAGUCGGACAUCGCUCCUGGAUACUACUACCUGGACACAGAGCAGAAGGACAAAGACCCGAAGGUUCUUCGAAAGGAGAAGUUGAUGUUAUGGGUUGCGAGCAAUUGCAACGACACUAGCUGGGCCAGGAGAGAUUUUGUGCAAGAACUCCAGACGUACUUGCCGAUCGACACCUAUGGUCUAUGCGGGCAUCUGGACUGCCCCCGCUCGGAGAAAGAAUGCUGGGAAAUGCGGGGACAAUACAAAUUCCACUUAGCUCUAGAAAACAGCCAAUGUCCAGAGUACAUCACUGAAAAGCUCUGGUUUAACUCUCUCGCCGUCGGCACCGUUCCGAUUGUGUUCGGAGCGCCGAAAGCCGAUUACGAGCGACUGACUCCGCCUCACUCGUUCAUACACCUCGAUGACUUCAAGACCGUUCAAGAGUUCAUCGACUACAUCCAUCUCCUGGAUCGCGACCAGCAAAAGUAUCUGGAGUACUUCUCGUGGAGAAGGUUAGGUCACGUGAUGAAGGGGUCAACCAUGUUGACCAAUCACACUGCGGAUAACGGAAAGAUCUUGUGCUUUAUUAUCAGGACUUUGCUCAUAAAAUCAUUGUUUCCAGAGAUGUACCAGUGGCAGGCUCGCCAUCCUGUGUUCUAUGAUUGGUGGUACGGGAUGUGUAGGGAAGAUACGCAGAAAACACGCAUUAUGGAUAUUGAUGUAACCAUGAAAACAGAUAUUGCAGUCUAAAUGCUGUCGUGAAUGUUAUGCACUUGCAUUAUAGAGACAAACUAAACUAAUCAUUGCCUCCUGAAAUAAAAUGUUAAUCUGAUCAAUUAUGAUGGUAUCAAAUUCAAGAUAAUGUGUAUAUUAUCAUAAUUGUUAUUGUUAUUAUCAUAAUUUCUAUUAUCAUUAUUAUAAUUUCUAUCAUUAUUAUCGCU